AUGAGUCUCUGGGCCGACAAGUACAAGCCAAAGACGUUAGAUCAACUUUCAUACCACAAAGAUCUGUCGAAUCACUUGAAGAAAUUGGCUGAUUCUGACAAUUUCCCUCACAUGCUGUUUUAUGGCCCCUCUGGUGCUGGUAAAAAGACUCGUUUAACUGCUGUUUUGAGAGAGAUCUUUGGCCCUUCAGUCGACAAGCUUAAAGUAGACCAGCGUCAAUUUGUUACCACUUCCAACCGUAAAAUGCUGUUCACUGUUGUCUCUAGUAACUUUCAUUUGGAGCUGAAUCCUAGUGAUUUGGGCAUGUAUGAUCGUGUUAUCGUUCAAGACGUUAUCAAAGGCAUUGCUCAAACUCAACAAAUCGACUCCAAUGCCAAGCAUCAAUUCAAGGUUGUCAUUAUUGAUCAGGCAGAUGAAUUGACCAGAGAAGCUCAGGCAGCACUUCGUCGUACUAUGGAAAAAUACACCUCUUCCAUGAGACUCAUUCUGUGCUGCAACAGUCUCAGUAAAAUCAUUGCACCUGUUCGAUCUCGCUGCUUGUUGAUGCGUGUUGGAAGACCAGAGACUACGGAAAUUGUGCGUGUAUUGCAAGAUGUGGCUCACAAGGAAGGAUUCUCGUUACCAAAGGAAUUGGCUGCGAAUAUCGCGGAGCAUGCAGAGAGAAACAUGCGUGCUGCAUUAUUAGCAUUGGAGAGCACAGCAGUUCGACAUCCUGAUCUGCACGCUAUCAGCAAGCCAGAGGAUUUGGAUUGGGAAAAGGCGAUCGCUUCCGUGGCAGAUGCCAUCAUCAAAGAACAAUCAGCCAACAAGUUGCUUCAGAUUCGUACCCAUCUUUAUGACAUUAUCACUAAAUGCAUACAGCCCUCCGUUAUCUUGAAGAGAUUAACCUUUUAUUUAUUGGAAAAAGUGCCUGAACCAGUCAAGAUCAAAAUCAUCCAGCAAGCUGCUUUCCAUGAACAUCGUUUGCACAUUGGAAGAAAGGACAUUUUUCAUUUAGAGGCAUUCGUUGCCAAUGUGAUGAGUAUCUACAAGAGACAUUUGAACAAUAUGUGA